AUGGACGUGCAUUUACUGUUUCAGUGCUUUGAGGGAACUCUCAACCAGUCUGGUCAGAUCAGACAUGAAGCUGAACAGAAACUAAAGGAGUUAAGUAAGACUCCUGGAUUUUUGGGGGCAUGUUUGGAUAUUCUAUCCAAUGGAGAAGUUCCUGAAAGCAUAAAAAUAUCUGCAUCACUAUACUUGAAGAACAAGAUAUACUAUGGUUGGUCUAAAAGAUCUGGUAGUUCUAAUGAACUCUUGAAUAUUGAAGUAGACGCUGACGAGAAGCCAGUUGUCAAAGAUAUGCUUAUUAAUACAUUGGUUCAGUGUGCACAUACGAGUCCCAAUUGUGUUAGAAUGUUACAACCUGCUUUGACAACUAUUGUUGGUGAAGAGUUUCCCGCCGGCAGAUGGAAUAAUUUGUUGGAAGAAUCGUUCAAAUUGUUAGCUUCAAACGAUAUUGAUUCUGCCUUUAUAGGUUUAUUGGCGUUGUCGGAAAUAUUUAGAACUUUCAGGUGGUCAACCAACGAUGAAAGACAAAACUUAGAGCGUUUAAUUGCCCAGCACUUCGAUGAUUUGUUGGCGUAUGCAAAUCAACUAAUCUACCAUCCAGGAGCUGUAGACGAUAAUAAAAUCGGUAAUAUGGUCAAGCUUAUUGUUAAAAUCUACAAAUUCAUUACUUAUCACGAUUUCCCUUUCACUUUGCAAGCCCCCGAAAGAUUUAUUCCAUGGGCAAACUUCCACGUAGCUAUUAUUGAACUACCGUUCUCUCAGAAUUUCUUGGAUUCCGUUGACAAAGAUUCGCGCAAGAAUUACCAGUGGGUUAAGGCGAAGAAAUGGGCAUACUCAAACAUGUUAAGAAUUUUCCAGCGUUAUGCUUCUGAAUCAUUGACCAGAAAGUUUUCUUACGAUGACUUUAAGCAAAUGUACUUGAAGGAUUUCAUGCCUAAUCUAUUGCAACUAUACUUCCAUCAAAUUGAAGAAUGGGGAACUAACAAACUUUGGUUAAGCGAUGAGUGUGUUUACAACAUAUUAAACUAUAUUGAACAUUCAUUGACUCAAAAAGCUAGUUGGUUGUUGGUAAAGCCACAUUACAAUGUCAUUCUUCAACAUAUAGUGUUCCCAAUUUUGUGCCCUGAUUCGGAAACUCUUGAAACCUUCGAAAAUGACCCUAGAGAAUAUAUUCACCGUCAUUUAGAAACAUGGAAUGAUGACUAUUCGCCUGAUGUGGCAGCUGUUUCGUUGUUAGUUACCGCAGUACAAAAACGUUCUAAGACUACUCUUGAACCUACUCUGACUUUUGUGACAGAAUCAUUGAAUGCUAUUAAAGCUGCCUCUUCAGGUUUCCAAUCAUUACCACUUGAACAAGCAGUGAAAGUCGAGUCCUGUUUAAGAAUUGUUACCAAUAUCAUUGAUAGACUAACAUCACCUAAGUCUCCAUACUCAAAAGCAAUGGAAGAAUUCUUACAUGCUUUUGUCUUUCCCUUAUUUAAUUCAAACUAUGGUUUCCUACGCGCAAGAGUUUGUGAAAUAUGUUCUAAACUAUCAGAAUACGAAUUCACUAAGGAAUCAUCCAUUCCAAUCAUAUAUGAGGGAGUUAUGCAUUGCUUUAAUGACGAAUCAGGCUUUCUUCCUGUUAAGCUUUUAGCAGCAUUUGCAUUACAAUCUUUCGUUCAAAAUACUACUUUCCAAGAAUCUUUGUCAACCAUCGUUGUUCCAACCAUGCAGUCUUUAUUGCAACUUUCAAAUGAGUUUGAGUCAGACGUUAUCUCAGGAGUCAUUAGAGAAUUUGUCGAGCAGUUUUCGAAAGAAUUGCAACCUUUUAGUGUUGAGUUGACCAAUAAUUUAGUUCAACAAUUUUUAAAGCUUGCAAUUGAACUAAAUGACGCGUCUAGAGCAGAUGUGAACGCGUUCUCCGGGGGUGAUCUGCCUGAUGAAUCUGAUAAAGAGAUGGCAGCAUUAGGUAUACUUUCAACCAUCAUCUCUAUAUUACUUUCAUUCGAAAAUUCGACUGAUAUUAUUGAAAGUUUGGAGCAUUCUUUUUACCCUGCUGCAGAAUUCAUCUUAAAGAAUGAUAUGGAGGACUUCUACCAUGAAGUUUGUGAAUUUAUAGAAAACUCAACAUUUUUGUUACGGAGAGUUUCCUCGAUUUCUUGGAAAGUCUUGGAAUUGAUAGGAGAAUGCAACAGAAAAGAAGGUAGUAUGGUUGCCUUCUAUUUGGAAGACUUUAUGAUGGCUAUUUCCAACUACUUGAUAUAUGGUAAAGAUGAGUUGAAACAAAAUCAAUUUUACACAAACAUUUUAUUUGAAAUUUUCCAGACUGCCACCGCUAAUGGUAACGAGGAUAACGAUCUCGAUGAGAUGUGUGUCAUUUUUGAAUUUGCUCAAAAGAUGAUUUUGGCGUUCGGAGAUAAGAUUCCUGAGAAUUAUUUAAGCACGUUCUUAGAAACUACUUGUAAGGGGAUAGAAGUAGAGAAAGAGAGCUUGAAAACUCAUUUGAAUUAUGGUGUCAAUUCCUUUAACGUUUUAUUGGCAUCAAUUGUGUAUUACCCAUCUCAAACUUUACAAUACUUACAUCACAAAAAUCUAUUGACCACAUUUUUAGAAAUAUGGAUUCAAACUUUUUUGCCAAAGUUCACGAGAGUUAUCGAUAUCAAACUUUCAAUUAUGGCUAUCUUGUCGUUACUAACUCAGGUCCCAACUCAAGAAUUCCAUGCAUUACAAAUUGAACCUGUUUACUCAAAGUUAGGCCCUAUGUUGGUUGAGCUAUUCCAAAAAUUCCCAGCUGCAUUGAAGGCGCUCCAAGAUAAACGCCAAGAAUUUUCAUCAGACGCCUUCUCCAAAUUCGACGGUUUUGACGACGAAUGGAACGAUUAUGAAGAUGACGACGAAGAUGCCGUCGAUGAGGCCGAAGAGUAUCUAAAGUUUUUGAAUGGUCAAGCGGAUGGGCUGAAAUUAGUCCGUGAAUCUGGUGAAUUCUUAGACCAAGAUGAUAUGGAUGAGCUUGAAGAAGAUCCACUUUCUGGAUCUGUCAUUGACGAUAUAAAUGUCUAUGAGCUUUUCCAACAUACGUUUACCAGAUUGCAACAAAAUGAAUCUGAAAAAUACCAACACUUCCUUUCUAGCAUGUCACCAGAAGAGCAACAAACCUUCUUUAAUACCCUUAACGCUCAAUAA